GCUCAUUCCCACCAGGACUCUAUAUUGCAUUCAGUAUUACCCAGCGGCCCCUGUCUUCACAUGUUGACAUAUGGAUCUACAGAAUCAAUCCUUCAUUGGUUUCAUUCUUCUGGGCCUCUCAGAGAAGCCAAAUCAUCGAAUGCCCCUUUUCUCUUUUUUCAUGGGCGCCUACGUUAUCUGUAUCAUGGGUAAUGUCCUAAUCCUUCUGCUCAUCUCCACCCAGUCUCAGCUCCACACCCCAAUGUACUUCUUGUUGGGGAAUCUUUCCUUUGUAGAAAUUUGCCUGACGUCUAUCACCGUCCCCCGGGCUCUUUAUAGCCUCCUCUCCCAGGACUUGUCCAUCUCAUUUCAUGGUUGUUUCAUUCAACUUUUCCUGUUCCACAUGGUGGGUAACAUGGACAACUUUUUGCUGGCCAUUAUGGCCUUUGAUCGAUAUGCUGCAAUAUGUCAACCAUUGCAUUACACGACCAUCAUGAGUAAGAGGACGUGCAUCACUCUGUUGACUUCCUCAUGGAUUUUAGUGAACCUCAAUGCAACUCUGUUCACCGUUAUGACCUCUACUCUUCCCUACUGUGGUCGGGUCAUCCACCACUUCUUCUGUGAUAUCCCAGCCAUGUUCUCACUCUCCUGCAUUAACACAUCUGCUCAUCAAAUGGUUGUCUUCAUUGAAGGCUCAAUAAUGCUAAUGGGGCCCAUGUAUUUUAUUCUGGGCUCCUAUGUUCUCAUCAUUAGAGCAGUGUUAAAACUUAGUACGUUCACAAGCCGCCGGCAAACCUUCUGCACGUGUUCCUCUCACUUAUCUGUUGUCCUCCUCUUCUACAGCUCAGUUAUUUUUAUGUAUUGUCAUCCAGGUUCCCUCUUUUCUGCGGCCUAUGAUGGAGUCAUAAGUGUGGUGUACAGCAUCAUAACACCAAUGCUCAACCCAUUUAUAUAUACGCUGAGGAACAAGGAAGUGAAGAACGCUGUGAAGAAGGUGAUACAAUGGUCAAAAGUCGAUGGAAGAAGCAGAAGCUGAGAAGACUUUUGUGGAAUGAUUUUGA